AUGGCAUUCCGGGACUUCCCAUUCCUGACGCCAGAGGAAUUUUCCGAAAUAUGCCAUCACUUCGAUAGCCAGUAUUGUCGUGCCACUUUGGGUCCGAUGCGACGGCGUUGGAAAAUGAGAGUAUGCACGGCGCUUGACACACUAUUCGCCUCGGGCGUUGAAUACACUACAUAUUUGCAAAUUAUCCGGCCGCUCGAAGCUACCUUGGACUGCGGCGAUCUCUCGUCCGUUCUGGACAAUUUCUCAUUUGGCGAAGGUGCCUCGGAUAAAGACAUUCUAGAAUUAGACGACGAGGCCAUGAUUGAUGCUGAGGAGUCUGACGAGGCUGCCCUCUCCAAGUCACACGUUCCUGAUUCCGGUCACGUCGUCUACGAAGUGCAUUUGCAUCCCAUAUACCGGAUGCCGUGCCUGUGGUUCACUUUACAUGGACUGCCGGCCGAAGAGCCUGCAUUUAACCUAGACACCGUCUUUCGAAGACUUGUGCCCGAUCAGUUCAAGGAUGCUCUCCGAAGAACGAGCGGCAUCGGAGGAAUCUCCGGCGAUCACCACCCCCUCACGGGAUUACCGUCAUUCUUCAUCCAUCCAUGCCUGCUCGGGGACGCAAUGUCGGGGUUCAACUGUUCCAAGGAGCAGUACAUGAUGCUGUGGCUCGGCCUGGUUGGCGGAUGCGUGGGGCUCUGGGUGCCCAAAGAGAUGGCCAUGGAAUCAACCGGCUGA